ACCCCCAGAAGACUGAAAAUUACGUCACACGCACUUUUUCCAGAGAAAAAUGAAGUGGGUGAUGUUUCUAUUAUCAAUAGUUUUCAAUUGCGAGGAAAUCCAUUCUGCUGUCCUCGUUCAGAAGGCACGUGUGAAAUCAUUAACUAAGGUCGGAAUUCCAAGUCUUAAAUUAUGCAUUCAAACGUGUAUUCGGACGAAAUCCAUAGACUGUCAGUAUUUAAAGUACAACACAACAACUCAGCAAUGUUUGAUGUCUGAGAGUAAAUAUGCCGAGCUGGCAGGCUGGGUAUCGGUCAAACCGGAGCAAAGACAGAACGAGAAAGUCGCCCGCCUAUUCCUUGAACGAACACAUGCAAACAACUCCAGUGCAAUGUCAAAUGCCGACUCUUCUGCCAUCGUAGCUCAAAUGAUAAAAAUUCUUCAAUUAGAGGCGAAAAGCCUGGAGCUUCAGAAAUUACUAUCUACAACAGAAAACCUAAUAACACUAAGGGGCGGUCAGCACAUUUUGUCACCUACGGUCAUUUCUUUAGCUAAAAGAAAAAUGCAGGUUCUCCAUAUGAAACUCAUGCGCCAUCAGCAGCAAGUGACAAUGUCAUCGGUGAAGCUUUUAAAAUCAGGGUCUAUCUUAAUGAAUUCACGUGGAGAUGAGAAAAACAAAACUGCAUUUUGGAGAAAUUUUAAUCGUCUUAUAGAAACUUUGCGCCUUGACCAGAAGAAUAUAAUGCAUGAUAUCUUGUAUGAUCUUUUGAAGACCCUACAAUUUUACCAACAACUGCAAAACUACAACCUUUUUAUCCGCGGGAUUCAGAAGCCAACCCCCAAAACCAUUCACCGUUGAAACUGUGUGAUAAGAAUUCCAGACCCUGUGUUCUCUUUUUCGGAGAAGCGACUAUAGGAAAUGAUAUAUAUGAUUUGUAAUAACAAUUGAACUGUAAUAAACUGUAUUGUACAGUCCUUUUUAUUGUCAGAUGAAAUAAACUGCAUUAUAAAUGAAACAUCGCAAAUAUCAAUACUCAUGUACGUACUGGGUAAAGACUAUAAUUUCAAGUUA